GGAGAAACAAUGCCGUUUUCGAUUCGUACAUUGUGCGCUCGGGGUCCGGCCAUUAUGCUAACACACUGCGUACCGUAUUAUUAUAUGAACUAUGACCAUCCAGUCUGAACGUUUUGGGAAAGUAACUAAAUUUAUGAACUUCAAAUGUGUAUGGUUUAUUUGGUGAAUUGUCAAAUUGAUCUGUUCAAUUAACUUUGACAUGACACGCGUCAAUUCUAAAAAUGGAUAAAAUCUCAGUUCUCCGUAAGAAUGUCGCCGAAUACAGGAGAGUAUUCAAUUUGCUCGACAAAUCUCGCAACAACAAGGUACCGAUCGAUGACUUGAAAACGAUGCUGACGAUGCUGGAGCAAGACUUCCCCGACAACUGUGUGCAACGCUUUUCCCAAGCCCUGGACGCCAAUGGCACCGGGACAUUCUCCUACGAGGACUUCUUAAGGAUCGUCGUGCCCGAGCUGGUGAACAGAGAUAUCUACUUGCAGGUCUUUCAGCUGAUUGACAACAAGAAUAAGGGCUACAUCGAUGAAGGGGAUCUUGUCAGUGUCAUGGACAUGUUUGGAAUGGUGGAUGAGAAAGUGCACGUUGCUUCCAUUCUAAAGGAAGCCGAUUUGGACAAUGAUGGGAAAAUUACUUUUGACGACUUCUAUGAAAUUUUGAAUUUGAAAAAUUGAUUUGCUCCAAAUGAUUUUAUUUUCGUGAAUAAAUUACGAAUAUCUGUUA